UCAUUGUCGUGCUGUUACCAAUUAUAUAUAUUUUGUUAACAAUGGCUUAGCAUUUGUUUGUUGUUGCUUUAUGUGUUAAGACUGCCAUGCAAUAAAUAAAUAAAAAAAAGGUGACGAUUUAAUUGAAAUGUGAACCGGGAUUCCACAAACGACUCGGAGAAUUCUACGAACUCUCUAAUCAUUCUCACAUAAUCAGCUGGAAGUCCAUUUGCUAAACAAGUUUAUAAUGCUACUUUGUGAAGAUUUAAGUUUUUUGGAAGCCGAAUUUUGCUAUCUAUAUUCCCAAUUUAUUUGUGUAUGAUAUACUUUUUCUAUCACCUACUAAAUGCAAAUUAAAUAGGUCACCAUAAAUGUAGGAAGGAUUGUAAUGAAGGUCUUAUUAUUAAUAUUUCUAAAUUUUAUUAAAAUCAAUAAAAGUAAAAUGUAGGGUACUAGGUUUUUUAUACGUGUACCGUCCUAAAAGUACAGUCAAUAUGCCGUGAUUAUGGCAAUUAACUGCAACUGCUCAAUAAAACAAAGGGAUCGCGUUUUGAUAUCAAUAAACCAUUUCGGUGAAUAACCGAAACAAGUUAGCUUCCGGUACAAGCUUUAUUUUGGCCUGUUAGCGAUCAUCUAUCUAAGUCCUUAUAAACCUUUGACAGCGAAUAAUCAUUCAUCAGUCGCCAACGUAUCGCAAUGGGCUCCUCUUUAUGUCCCGCCUCUUAUCUGGUGGUGUUGGCAAUUAUCCUCCUUGCCAGCGAUAUUGGAGUCCAGGCUAAAAGAACGAUCAGGAUCCAGAAAUUAGAAAAGGCGGUUCAGGAUACCACAUAUCUGCAAAGCCUUCUGCGAAUCUCUGAGUCCGAGGAAAAUGAGUUAAAAAUAGAUGGAAUGCUCAAUCUGGUUCAUAGCCUCGACAAUGAUUGGACGGUUGUGUUUAAGGUCUUAAGAUCCCCGGAUGGGGACGCAGACUUCGAAAGGGUUUUAACAUUCGAAAUUCAGCUUUGUGACUUUAUGAAGAGCUACUACAAGGAUAUAUUUUACGAACGGAUCAAGGACUACUCGAAUGCACCACAUCCGGACAAAUGUCCUCUGCCCAAGGAGCGUUAUUUACUACGGGACUAUCCACUCAACGUCAAGCUGCUCAAAAAACUGUUGAGUCCGGGCUUCUAUCGCAUAAAGUAUACCCUUAAGAAUGAAGAGAUAAAAAUAUUAUCGUAUGUGCUGGAGAUGGAGUUGGAGGAGUACUAAUCAAUUUCGAAAUUUGCAAAUUUGCAAGCUCAAAUGGUAACCAUUUAAUGCGUGGAAAAUAAAACUAUUCGUAUGAUUGCAUCUGCUUCAA